AUGCCUAACAAAUAUACCCCAUUAGAUAGCGCAGAUGACUCCAAUAGUAUUCCAGAAACAGUCCUUCCAAGUUAUGAACUAGACGAGAUACUUCCUGGUGUAGCUAAUGGAAAUAAUCACGUAUAUGGCCCACCACAACCUCUUCAUGUUAAAUUUCACGGUGAUGACAAGAAAGUGCUUAAGUUCGAACUCAAUUAUUACCCACACCUAGGUGUCGAUGGAAUUCAUCAAAUAAUCAGAAAAAAAUUACGUUCCAUGGAUAUAGAUCUCGGGGAUGACUUGUAUCUGAUUGGAGUAAGGAGAGGGUUGAAAUUUCGCUUUAUUUCAAUAGACGAGGAUUCCGUUGGAAAAUCAAUUCACUACAUCAGGGCCGGAGAAGAGCUGGCCACAGAAAGAGCACUUAAAAGAAAAGAUAUAUUGUUUAUUGUGAUGAUUCCUUUGGCCAUCAUUGCUGUUUUAAUUAUUUUUAUGGGUUCUCUCAUACUUCUUGCUAUUAGAUAUGGUAAAUAA